AUGUUAAUGCUUUCCUCGACUUCACAGGUAAGAUAGGUUCUUUCUUGCUAUUUAUUGCGAUGAAUGAAUGUUUUAUUAAGUGUUUUCCUCAUUUUUUCAGCUCUUCGUUUUGAUUGCCGUGACAAAAUUAACAAUCGGGGAAAUAUCUACGUGCAUCCCCAAAGGUAAGACCAUUUGAUGAAGAGAAAAAACUUAUCUCCCACCAUAUUCAUCUGUUAUGACAUGCAGUUUUUGGUCUAAUUUUCAAAUUGGAAAGUCAAAAUUUCACAGCAAGCUUGACUUAAAAAAAAAAAAUCUCAAGUACCUGAGGAAAUCACCAUUCGUCCUUUGAAAUCCAAUUAACAAGGCAGUACAAAAAAGCAUCAAUAAAAUAUUAGGUAAUCCGCAAAAAAUUCUUCAUGUUUGAAAAUGAUAAAACAAAUUUCUGUAGAAUGGUACCCGUUGAAGAUUCUCAGAACAUUUUCGUCGAGUGCUGCUUAAAACGGCGGGCACGCCAAGCACCAAAUUGGUUAUAACUUUCGUCUGUCAUUUGCCAGUGCAAUUAUAAGCUGACAUUUUAUGAAGCAAUUCGACAUUAUGUAGCCGAGUCUUGAUUAUAAGAAAUUAGCAAAAGAAUGAAUGUUGAUCGAGAGCUUUAUUCAAAACGUAUAAUUUUAAAAGAGGUUUCAUAGAUUUAUGUAGGUUUUACUAUUGAUUAUCAAGUUCAGAUGAAUUGAAGCCUGAGAUCCAGAAUAAAAUGGAGUCCAGAGGGAAUAAAGGAAGAAAAAAAUCGGUUCGGUUUCUGUAUCUUCAGCUAAUAAAUGAUUACCUUCUGUAACCCAAUGCUUUAUAAAGUACUCUUUAAAUUUCUUUCCAAGUUUGCAACGUAAUGUUCCAAACUUGGAAUGUAUUUAAAAACACAAAUAUUGAAAAGAGAUCAUUGUAAUCCUCCGCUUCGCCCCUGACAGCAAACACCUCACUUUACGAGACAAAAUUGUAUUACGCUAUGAUUACAGAUCGAACUUGUCGACACAGUAAUGAUCACACCUUAACUAUGGUAGCUCUGAGUUAUUGCUUCAAUAGCUGGUUAACGUUUCCAACAGUCUAUACAAUGAAUACAUAACGUAACACCAAAGUUACGUGUGUAGAGGAUGGAAUAUACUUUUUAUGCCCUCUUUUCGUGAAUCAGGUUAAUAUAACUUUUUGUAAUUGAUCAAUCCGGGUGAUCCAUCAAAUCAUCCAAAAAUUUGAAUUUUUUGUUGACAUUUAUUAAAACAGAAUAUCGAGGGGCUCGCCGAGAGAAAUGGACCGAUCUUAGUGGCGGCUGGUUUCUGACUCAUCUGACUUCAGAUCUAAGGUUUCCAAACUCCCCAAGAACGGUCGAAACCAUUCCAACGUUUACACCGCCAAGAAAUGACGAUGAUUUUUACGGUCAGCGGCUUCAAGCUUACUUCGUGCCGCCUAUCAGUGGCAAUUACACCUUCUAUGCAUCAUGUGAUUCAGAGUGUGUCUUCUAUUUGAGUUCGGACGAAAUGCCUGAAAAUAAGAAAGAAGUCAUUCGAAUCGGUCAGCAUCGCAGGACUGAAUAUGAACAAUGGGAAAGGUAAACUACGCAUGCUUUUUUGUAGGUCAGCGGUUCGCACGGUGAUGACAGUAUACCCUAUUAGUGACUAACCGCCCAGACCACAAUUAUUUAAUUAUCUCAAUAUUCCUGGCCUACAUUUCAGCUUAGUCAGACAACAUAUUGCAAAGUUUUGUUAAACUUUUUCUCUUUAAAAUGAACAGAUAUCCUGAGCAGAAAUCCUGUUUUCAACAACUGGAGCGAAGAAAGUUGUAUUACAUUGAGGCUCUACACAGUAACUACCGUUCUGAUGACCACGUUCAUAUUCACGCUAAAUUUCCCGGAUCAAACUCUACGAAGCCAUUGGACAGCGACGUCCUGGUUCUCUACUCAAAAGGUAUCCUUGGUAACACCGGCUUGGUUGCAAAGAUGAAACCUCUGCAUUAUAUGUUUAUGUAAUUGAUAUCUUCAUGGGUGAAAUUAUUUUAUUGUUCAGAUCUCCUUAAAAAAUCUUAAAUUUACCAUAUUAACGUAGCCAUGUAACCAUUUUUUUCGACUAUAAGCACGCUACAAAUGUUUUGUGCUACUGUUAUCGCGCCAAAUCACUCAACUUUUUCAAAGACACAUCUUUUCUGUAUCAAUACUCAGUAAGUUAGACUUAGCUGAACUCAUGUAAACAUAAUAACAGGCUUUAUUUACACGAAUAGUACUGGAUUUUACAGUAUUGUGUAAACGAUGGAAAUCUGUAACAAUACAAAAAGAAAAAGGAAUUUAAAGAAUUACUCAUUAUUUUGCUAUCGUAAUAAGCUUGCCUCAUAUUUCAGGGAAAGUAUGGCGAGAUGAAGAGUCAAGAUGACUAUAUGCAUCACACUGAUUCAUUUUAAACCCUUGAGUCUAAUUCGCUUCUUUCCAGGGUCUUCCGUGCAUACCACUUGUAUUUUAUUGAAACGGUGUGGCGUAACAUGUGGCGGGGGACUGGAAACUAGUAUCACCACAAAACCAAAUCAUUCUCAAGAAUGUGCCACGCAUGAAUCGAGUGGCUACAGUGAGUACCGAUAAAGUACCUAAUAGGCCAUUUUACAGUUGUGUACUUAGUUGCCGAGCCUUUGAUUUGGAGUGAGGCUGAAGGUGACCUUAUUGUGAUAGAGACCAGUGUCUAGUAAGCAUGUUAAAAAAGUAAUUUACAUUUGAGAAGCAGCAAGGUGUGUAUCAUAACAAGGUCAAACUUAGCCUCAAACCUGUUCAAAGGCUUGGUAACCAAGCACGCAAUUGUAAAAUGGACCAUUGUCCUCAUUCAUCCAACUAGUAACUAGUUAUCUGAUUUGACAUGUUAACCGUUUUAGUGUUGAACACUGUUGGGAGCCAGAUGAUGACUAAAAACGUAAAAAAACAAAUGAAAUAAGGAAUCCAAAGCAACAGGGUUGGGGCAAAAGCAAUGACGAAAAAUACAAAGGAAUUGCGCGGUUCGUGAUGUUAUGGUAAAUUCUGAGAUAUUACUUACGGUGUUUCUGUAAACUACACUGACAAACCAUCCUAUUUCCGGUAAAAAUUUGACUCCAACUGGCCUUAUUACUAUAUUAACUUUCCUCUGUGUAAUAACUUCAUCUUUAGAGGAGGAUCCUUCAGUGCCCGUGCAGGUCCACAACAUUACCACAACUACAGCUGUAGUAUCUUGGAUACCCCUUGAACGAUCUUCAGCGAGUGUUGUUGAUUUUACUGGGUACGAAGUCAGUCUCAAAUCUGACAGAGACAUUAGUAGAGAGAGACUGGUGAACACGAGUGUCGACUCUAUCUCAUUUCAAGGUCUAAAGAUCUUCACCAACUACUGUGUCACGGUUGAACCACAAACAGCUUUUGGAAGCUUGUGGAAGGAAGAAUGUUUUAAUUUUGUGACAGAAGAUAGCAGUAUGUGACAUUCUCCUUUAUUUUGGUGUAGAAUUUGGGGAGGUUUAUUCUGUACAACUUAAGGUGAUUCUGAGGGGAUGUUCAAAUUUCCCAAAGCAUCGAAGUUUGCAUUGAGAUAAAGCGAUCAUUGUAUUUGAACAGGAAAUAUAAGGUGUUCUCGAGUUCCAAGUUAGAUUUUCUCUCAUGAGGAUUUUAGAAGACCAUAUACAAUUCUUCAGCGACUUGUUAUACCCUGAAACGACUAUUACCCUCAUUCAUGGAGAAGGAACCUUUUUCUCCCUCCUUCAAUGCAAUUCCAAAAGGGAAUGCAGACCACUAAAGCAUUAAUCACUAAAUUUAACCAGUGACAUCUAGAAAAUUACAAUGGUUCCUGCUGAAUUCAAUAGCGCCAAUCAGUUCUUAGAACCAGAGCAAGAAAAACAAAUUAAGAAAAUAGAUGGAGCCGUUCAGUCUUCGCUCCUGUUAAGUGAUUGUUCAGUUUUGAGUCAUAGGCCACGGUAACACCAUUCGAUCAAAGGAAACCUUUCAUCUUCCUCCUCAGCUCCAGACUCCCCACCGCAAGCUGUCACUGCAGUAAAUACAGAUCAAAAGUCGAUAAAAGUGAGAUGGAAACCAAUUCCAGAAAAGGAUCGAAACGGCAUCAUCCUGGGAUUUAAACUCACGUACAUGAAAAUGAGCGCCACUUUUCAUUUGGAAAAACCGGUUGAUGAAGAGACUAAGUUCUGGCCUAGAUUUGAAACUGUCAUCUACGGUGACACACAUGUGACAGUGUUAAGUGGUAAAGUGAAGCCGUUUGCGUGGUAUUGCAUCAAAAUGUUGGGAUUUACACGAAAGGGAGAAGGACCGGAGACCUCCUGUGUUUUUGUGCUAACAGAAGAGAGCGGUAAGGCUCACACCUCUAUGUUGCUAUAUUUGGUGCUGUUCAUAAUGUAGGGAUUCCUCUACUAAACAACGAUCACUGUUUAUUGCAUUGUGCCUCUCUGAAUGUUACUUGUGUUUCUUUAAAAAAAUAUUUGCAAAAGGUUCUUCGCCACCUCAAUUUUUAGGUCAAUCUUGAUAAGCUGAUUAAACUUCAUAGACAAAAAAAACCCUCAAAAUGAUCUCAGAACGUUGAAAAAUAACCUCACCCCACUAGUUUUAGGAAACGUUAAAAUUAACGAAGUAGUUUGGAGUCAUCUAAACUUAGCAAAAUUAGUGCACUAAGAACGACUGCGUAUUAUUAACAUUGACACCCCUCUUUAGUUUCCCUGUUUGUUUCUGUGUUUUAAGUUUGUUUGUUUGUUUGUUUCUUUUAGUGCCAAGUUGGGCGCCGAUAAACGUAACCACUGCACCUUUAAAUUCCACGGCAUUCUCAGUUAGCUGGCAAUCAGUACCUCCAGAUCACGAGAAUGGAAUUAUUCUUGGAUACAAGUUGCUGAUUUUAAGACUUAACACUGAGUCCAUUUUACUUUCUGAGACUGUGGAUGUGAAUCAGACUCAGUUUUCGUUCGAAAUAUCACCAGUAGUGCCAAAUGUUUGUGUCAAAGUCCUGGCCUUCACAAAGAAGGGAAAUGGAAGAGAGAGCAACUGCACUGAGGGUUGGACGUGGUCCGAAGGUAAAACGAUUAAUAAUAAGCCAUGAGAUAUUAGUAAUAAAAGAAAAACAAGCCAAUUUCAUCACAAAAUUGAUUAAAGUGUUCGAAAUGAGACAAAUUUUGCCUUAUUUCCGUAAGCGUCGGAAAAAAGGCAAAAGUGUCCGAAAUCGGCCCAAAUCAAAAUGUUUAUAACCGGACGAAACGGGGGGGAGGGGGGAGGAGGGUAAAUUAGAUGUGAGAAUUUUUCAGUAGUGUUGCACCAUUUACUAUAAAUUGUUCUGUUUCUUCUGUUUCUUCUGUUCACAUCAGUUCUUUUAUCUGAAGAAGUAAAACGUCUCUAGGUAUAAUUGGCAAUUCACCUGAAGGUUUUGGAAGACAUUGGUUUAUACCUGCUGAACAGUAAUUUAGUAAUCUCGUUAAUAUUUACAGAAACUUUGUUUCCUGAGAUGCAAGCGAACAACAACAGUAGUCCAACAGGCUUCAAAAUCACAUGGAACAAACCACGUGAUGAAGUGCUCAGUCAAUUGAUAUACUAUCACGUGACCUAUCAGGCAGUCUCUUCAGUCAACGAGCCCGUGAAUUCGUCCCAUAUUUCUCUAAAUGUGAGCGCAGACUCUCUAGAAGUGUCGGUGGGAGAUCUGGAAACGUACACUACCUAUAAAGUUAUGGUAGAAGCUAUCACGAUGGACGGCGAGUCGAAAAAGAAGAAAGUUAUUUUUACAAGUAAAGUAAAAGAAUGAUCAUUUUUAUCAAUUUUUGUAAAUUGGUCGGUGCGAUGAGCUUCUGAUAGUGUCUGUUCCUCACCCACGAGAAUGAAAAAAGGAACCGUCAGGGGUAACUGACAAAACUAAUGGGGAAUGGGAGAGGGAAAGGAGGAAGAGGUUGACUUACUUGCGUAGGAUUAGCAUCGAUACACAACCAGAGAGGAAGUAACUAGUUCCUUAAAGUUAUGGGAAACUGAAAAAAUGGAUCGUUGUGAAAAAAAAUUAGUCAUUGUGCGCAUGCGCAAUGUUAAAUUUUUUCAUAUGUUCCAUUUACGCCUGAAGAUCAAAGUACAAAAGGUUAAAAAAAACUCCUUCUUCUUAAAGUUUUGAUGACAGCUGAUAAACUUCAUUUCUACGGCUGCUAUGUCCAUGAAUUGAUGUUCUACUGAUUUUGAUGUAUUCAAUUAGGGUGCAGAAGUCUCCUAGUUUUCUCAGAGGCAGAAAUUGACCAAUUCAAAAUGUCUGGUUCAUGGAUAAAAUAAUUCAUGAAAACGCGAAUGUGGCUUCAAUUUAUUAUUAUUCAUUCUCUUUACCAUUGUUUCCUAGAAACGUGCCGCUGUCCACAUCUUAUGUACGCAAACUGGGCCCCAAGCCCCCCGUACGUCGCAGAAGACCGCUUAAGCGGCGAACCGCGUGGUCUAAUCCCAGAACUCCUCGUGCACAUGCUUCAGGCUUCGUGUGGAACGUGCCACAGCUACAAAGUGUGGAACAUCAGCUUCGCCAUAGACACAACUGAGAAGAUCACAGAACCGGACAGUCGAAUAAAGAUGGAUUUUCGGUUCCCUAUCAGGUCAGCAGUGGGACGAACCACUUACAGAGGCACCCAUUCGUAUGUCCCCCUCAUCACAGUCCCAGGUGUGGCUCUGAUGACCAGGAAGAAGACGCCAUCUGGCUAUGCUCGAGAUCUGGGCAACUCAGUCCUGAGAUGCUGGUCUAUUUUCGCGAUUUUUAUUACGCUGGCGAUAUUGAUGGGUUUCGUAAUAUGGUUCGCAGUAAGUUAACUAAACGAAAAAAGUGACAGCAAUGUGCUUGCAUGUGCUAUGAACAAAAACUGGCACGUGCUAGAAUCCAGUUACACGCGUUUGUGCGUAGUUGCAAGUGGUUCUUUGUCUUGUCUUGGAGUUUAACUUUCCCUGACUUCUAACCAGCAGCACAGGACCUCCCUCCGUUUGGACUCAUUGAGGUGCAUUUUCCUAAAAAACGCAUUUGAUUGGUUGAAAGCCGGCUGCGCUGGUUAACAUCUUACUCGAUAUUAGAAUGAAAGUAAACUAUCUAUGCUUUCCCUGACUACUAUCGACGACUAAAUUAAUUGCACUUUUCACUAAUAUACAUUAUCAAAUUCAAGACAUCUAAGACCUGAAGCGAAACUGGUGUUGAAAGGUGACAACAAAAGUAUAAAACGAACCUAACUUUUAGUUGGAGUUUUGUCCUAGAUCAUUCUUUGUCCUAGAUCAUUCUACGAAUUCCAGCUGAUUGAGUCAUUAAACUUAUCAUCUAACAUAGAGGAACAGAUAAAUUUUUUUAUAACAACGUCUGUUUCUUUUCCAGGAAUCUAGCCACAAUGAUAAACAUUUCAAACAUCCGCUUUACAAAGGUAUCGUGGACGGAAUAUGGUGGUCUUUUAUGACCAUGACAACAGUCGGGUAUGAGAAUAAUUCACCGCAUAGAGUGUGGAUACCAUUCCCUUCCUCUUCCAAGUCUUUGCCUUUAUAAAACGUUGCUUUUUUCCCUUUUAUUGUUUUGUAGUUAUGGUGACAGAUACCCAAAGACCCAUCUUGGCAGAUCUAUUGCCAUCUUGUGGUUUUUGACAGGGAUCGUUCUGUCGUCCCUUCUCGUCAGCUCACUUACAUCAUCCAUGUCUGUACGAAUCCUUGAUCGAAAUUUAAACGUAGCUCGGGGAAAAAAGGUAAGCAAUUCUAACUCCUAAAAAUUUUGGUAGCUAAAUACUUAUUGAAAUGUAAUUUUACAUCCACAUAAUGAUACAUGUUAAAGAGACUACUUUUCCUUGCACAGGUGGGCGCGCUGGCUCAGUUUCCUGAGUAUGAUCUGAUAAUCAGAUUCAUAUCCAAAGCAGGCGAGGGUAAGUCGAAAUCUUUAAUUAUUGAAAAACAACAUUUAUCUCAAGAAAUGUGGGUUGUCUAAGUGAAGACAGUUCUCAACAGAUGGUCAUUUAUUAGUCUCUUUGGGAGCGCUGAAAGAUGAGUAGUCCAGCAAUCAAACAAGAGGGUUUGGUUUUGUAGACACCAAGUAAAACCCCGUCUGUCAGGGAAUUCUGAGUAGUAUUUUACAUUGGGAAUUUUAGGUAGUAUUCUCAAUGCACUUUUUCGACUAAGAAAUCAUAUUGGAACAGUUAAAAAAAAAGAUAAAGCGAAGCAAAACAGAACAAACAAACAAGUCUACGAUUCCUCAAGGUGCUCAGAUUUUUUCUUCAUCCCACAAUGGUGACAAAAUGAAAAAAAAAAAAAAAAAAACUAUGAAAUUACUCAGCUUGGUCACUUUUAAUCUAAACAUAGAUGUGAGAUUUUCUUUUCUAUUAGGUAAGACAUUUCUCACAUUAGAGAAGCUUGUAACAGCCCUGGAGUACGGAGAGGUUGAUGGCAUCCUAGUAGACCUGUACACAGCAAGUUACAGGAGCGAUUUGUUUAAUGUCACUUGGAUAGUUAUCAGUCAAAUAAUCCCUUUUGAGUUUACCUCUGGGGCUGUGAUAAGUAGAAAUGCAGGCAAACUUGAGAAGCAUUUUCGCUAUUACAUCGAGACAAAGGGUACUGUAGCAGUUACAGAGGUGCUGAAGAAGAGAACUAAUGAAGAGAAGAAAGAGAACAAGGUGAGUGUUACAUUCCUGAACAUUCCUGUUCAAAAAUCAAUCCAAGUUCUUUUGUGGUGUAUCUUCGCCAUGCUAUGUAAUUGGUCCAUUAAGAGAACCAGGUCCAAUGUAUCAGCAAUCUCAUGCAAAAGCGAAAUCAACGUUGAGACUUGGUCACACACGUUUUCUGACGUUCAAGGCCGUUUAAACGUAAUUUGUUUUUAUCUCUUGUUGUCGUCUUGAGUAUUUUGGUUUGCUCGGACCGACCAUUGUGACAAAAUUCGCUCGUGAAGGGCUCUAAUCGAUCUGAGUUUUCCGUCCAGACUUCCAUUCACAAGAGCGAGACAACCAGCAUUCCCCUGCUGGAUCCAAGAACUCACAUCUAUCAAGUGACAAUGUUUAUUUUCCUGGCUCUUCUAUUUCUGGCUGUGUUCAUGGGAUUGGUGUAUCACUCGUGGUAUAAAGGACAACAGAAAAGACGAUAUCAGAUACAAGGUAAAUAGAUACAGACACAUGCUAAGUUCUGAGCCUGGCCAUCAAAUGAAGAAAUUUUUCAUUUAUUUGCCACGAGCUUUGGAGAAAGGAGCAAAUCUAUGGGUUUGCUAAUCUCACUCCCUUAAAGGAAACUGACAUCAUCCGUUGAACCAAUCGGUGUGCAUAUUCUCCAUACUGUUCUCUAUACAUAUCCUAAGGUGCUGGUAAGGAGAAUUUGUUUGACAAUAAGAGCUUCGAAUGAAUGUGAAUAUAUGAACAUCAUUUAUUUGAACUGCGGAUUUAUAAAUGGAGAUGAGAUUGAUCUUCGCAGUAAUGAACGUUACUAAAGCAGUGAAAAGGGAAUUUAGGCUUCUUUAGUAGGUCAUUAUUUUCUUUAUUCCCAAAACCUUAAUCUGUGACUCAGGGGUGAUACUGUAAGGAGAAGAUAUAUCUUAGUCAAUCUCAGGGGUCAAAAAGUCAAUGGACUGGUAGAGGAGAGACUUAUCAAUAGCUUUUUGUUUCCUUUUUUAGCCAAACGAGAAAGACAAAGAACAGAAUACAUCAUGGCUAAAUUACAGUUACAGGAAUUGGUAGAGGAAUUUUAUCAACGGUUUUCGAUGACAUAUAAAGAGCUACGGCUAAAACAUUGCAAACAGCUUGAACGUCUCAAGAUGGCGAACGCGGCAUCUGCUAAUGGAGAAAAGCCAUUAAAUAUUACCAACGGUGAAUGGGUCUAG